AUGAAGAAAGCACUCACCCCACCACCUGGUACUCUCUACCACCAACUGAAGCAGUUCGAUAUCUACGAUAAUGAAGUUGUAGUUUCGAACUUCACCUUGACAUGGCAGGCAGAAAUCCACGUGUACGUUAUUGGUGGUAUCAAACCUGAUGACCCAGAUUUCGAGGCCAAAGGCGGGGCCAUAUACGUCGUUGUUUGCCAUACCGGAAGCUUAGAAGUCGCUGCAAAGGCCUAUGGAGAUUUGACCUUCAUCUGUGGGAUAGAUGAUGCGGAUGGCCUUCCUUAUCUGCAUUUCCCGUUGACAAAUGCCUUUCGCAAUACCGACGACCCGAAAGCUGUGACGUAUUCCUUCGAUUUCAGUCAGACCUUCCAGAUGCUCAAAGGCAACGCACCUCUAUCUUUCAACGCCCAAUAUUCCAUUGACUUCACGCUGGGUUGGUAUACUGGGUAUUACACCAAUUUGAACCCUGGAACCUUAAGGGCGACGUUUAAAUUGUCCCAGAGUGGACUAAAUGAGAGUGUUACGGAUCACAAUGUUCACGGCGUGUCUGGCUUCCGUUUAACAAAACCGCGAAAACAGAUCAAUAUUUGGUUUUGCAUAGGAGAAAAGGGCGAUUUCAAGAACGUGACGAUCGAUCUGGGGUUUUGA